CCCUGGGAGCCACUUUGGUGGCCUCGCUGGCUGUUGAGUGAAUGAUCUCGGGGAAACCCGGGAGCGAGGUGGGGAUGCCCGGGAACAGACCGCCUCAGGCACCGCGAAGCGCGGAACGAAAGUCUCAGGGGGCGCGUCAGUCGGCCGAGCAGUUAGAACAGCGCGCCGGAAGUGUUCUUGGCCAGCUCCGCCCGCGGUAAGCGAGCUGCCCAGUGGCCAGCGACGCCAUGGAGCCUGGAGCGGCUGAGCUCUACGACCAGGCCCUGCUGGGCAUCCUGCAGCAUGUGGGCAACGUCCAGGACUUCUUGCGCGUGCUCUUCGGCUUCCUCUACCGCAAGACCGACUUCUAUCGCCUGCUGCGCCAUCCGUCCGACCGUAUGGGCUUCCCGCAGGGGGCCGCGCAGGCCCUAGUGCUGCAGGUAUUCAAAAGCUUUGACCACAUGGCCCGUCAAGAUGAUGAAAAGAGGAGAAAGGAGCUAGAGGAGAAAAUCAGGAGAAAGGAAGAAGAGGAGACAGCUACAGCAAUGGCUGCUGUGGAGCGAGACCUGGUCCCAGUCCCGGUUCAGGAGGUCGAGAUUGACUCCACCACAGACCCCGGUGGACCUCAGGAACCUCCUGGCCCAGCAGCUACCCGGUCCGAGGCAGCCCCCUGCUUGCGAGAGCCAGAGCCAUCCGGAGCAGAGGCUGGUGUUACCAAAGUCCCAAUUGAACCCUCAGCUCUUCCCAAGAGACAGGAGCAGUUCCAGAGGAACCCUGACAGCUACAAUGGUGCUGUGCGUGAGAACUACACCUGGUCGCAAGACUACACCGACCUGGAGAUCAAGGUGCCCGUGCCCAAGCACGUGGUGAAGGGCAGGCAGGUCUCUGUCACCCUCAGCAGCAGCUCCAUCCGGGUGGCUGUUCUGGAGGAAAGUGGGGAGCAUGUCCUCAUGGAAGGGACACUCACCCACAAGAUCAACACUGAGAGUUCUCUCUGGAGCCUGGAGCCCGGCAAGUGUGUUUUGGUGAGCCUGAACAAGGUGGGUGAGUACUGGUGGAGCGCCAUCCUGGAGGGCGAGGAGCACAUCGACAUUGACAAGAUCAACAAGGAGCGCUCCAUGGCCACAGUGGACGAGGAGGAGCAUGCUGUACUGGACCGGCUCACCUUCGACUACCACCAGAAGCUUCAGGGCAAGCCACAGAGCCAUGAGCUGAAAGUCCAUGAGAUGCUGAAGAAGGGGUGGGAUGCUGAAGGCUCUCCCUUCCGAGGCCAGCGAUUCGACCCGUCCAUGUUCAACAUCUCCCCAGGGGCUGUGCAGUUUUAGUGACUGAAGGAAAUGGGCGCCUCAGGGAGCUGGGGCUGAGCACCCCUGGCUCCCUGCCCGCCAGGGAUCACUGUCCGCCCCCUGCUCCAUACUUUCUGUUACGGGCAGUGCCGGGCCUCUGAGUCUUCAGACAUGGCCAGUGGUCCCCAGAAUGCUCCAGGAAAGGGGUGGGAGGGUCUGCUCGGUGACUCUGAGCUGGAGCACUGGAGAAAGUGGGGGUGUUGAGGCAGAUAGCAUCACUGGCCUACCAGCCCCUGCAGCCCUGUACUCCUGCUCUCUGCUCCACCCCUGCUUGCUUUUCUCGUGGUGCCAGGGUUUGUAGUGGGAGUGGGGAGCCCCCUUUGUCCACUUGUGUGCACGUGCAGUAGUGCUCCCGCGUGUAAAUGUCUGUGCCCCCAGCCAGGGUCCUGCUUGCUAUGUUUGGCGUCAGAGGAAGUUCUCACGGCGUCGGCAUUGGUGCACUUGGCUUUCUACACUCGGGUCCCCACCCCUGCCUAGUCCAGCUCAGUGCCCCCCUGGGCCCUGUCCUUGUCAGGGAGCCAGCCACCCACCCCACUCAGUUGCCUGUGCUGACUGGGCAUCCUUGGGAGCCCAUACAGGGCGCCAGAUAUAAAGCUGGGUCUCACCAGGCUGAGCCGGAGGCAGGUGUCUGGGCACAGUCCUUCCAGGACAUCUCAGACAGAAGCUGACUCCCCCUGGUGUUGUCAGGGGAGGCACAGAUGCCACAUUGUGGGGGCAUGGAGCUCUGCAGUCUGGUCAUGGCCCCCAGGAGCCUGCCCCCACUGAACGAAUGCGGGUCUUCUGGCUUGCGCACGUGAGAGCCGCUCUGCUGUCCCUGUCUUACCGCGUUGUAGGGUCCUCAGCUGGGGGGCGGCCUCCUGGGCAGCUGUCUUCUGCCUGGUUUUACUGUCAGUGUUGUGUCUCUUCCUCUCCCACCGCUGUAGCCUUGGACUCGGGCUAGGCUGGGGGGCAUUCGUGUCCUGUGCAGCUGACCAUACCCCUCCCCCCCCCCCUGCUGCCCAGGAGUCGUGCCCUCUGCCUGUUUUACUCUCUCUAGACACAGAAGCAGCAGACUGGCCACUGAGCUCCAUCAACUGAGGUCCGAGGAAAGCGGGGUUGCCCGCCUGUGAAGUCACCCCAUCUCCGGUGUUGGUUGGCAAUAAACUUUUAUUUAAAUGCU